AUGGACCCCGAACAACUUCCUAUCGCCGAGAAGCGGCUUCUCAACGCCCCAGUGGAAACGCUAUCAUGGAGCGGGCUGACAGUCACCGUCAAGGAGGGCAAGACCGGCCAGCCCAAGACGCUCGUUGACAAUGUUGAGGGAAUCAUGCAAGCUGGUGAAUGCUGCGCUGUCAUGGGCCCGUCGGGGUGCGGCAAGACCACAUUCCUAAAUGUGCUUGCCCAACGCCCCAUCAAGGCAGCCCAGGUUACGGGGCAAGUCCUCGUGAACGGCGUUGAGCUGCCGAUCAACGUCUUCCGCCACGUCACGUCGUUCGCCCAAGACCACGACAUUUUCAUCGGCGCGCUGAACGUGAGAGAGACGCUCCACUUUGCCUCUCGUCUCGCGGGCGUCCCUCGUGGGGGGCCUGGGGCCGAGGCCGAGGCCGAAGCGCGCAUCGACACGCUGCUGGCGUCCUUUGGUCUCAGCAGCUUGGCGACCCAGCGCGUGGGGACCGGCAUAUCACAUGGUCAGAAACGACGCCUGACCGUGGCCAAGCAACUCGUCACAGGCCCUGGCAUCCUCUUUCUUGACGAGCCCACGAGCGGCCUCGACUCGAUGGCCAGCUGCCACGUCGUCAGCUACCUCAAACAGCUUGCAAAGCAAACAGGUCUGAUCGUCCUGGUGGACUACUACGCCAGUAUCGGCGUGACGGUCCCGGAGCGAAUGAACCCGGCCGACUUCCUGCUCGAGUUGGUGAACACGGAUUUUGCCCAAGCCCAAAACGAAGCCGCGGUCUCGGAGCGCAAGCGCGUGGCCGAGCUCGCGUCUUGCUGGCACAGCUCGUCCUUCCGCCAACAAACCGCCGCUGCAGUGACUGCCUCGGUCAAGCUCGUGCCAGGACUCGCUGGUCUCACUGGUCUCACCCCUUCAGGCCCCGGGUCUAAUCCGCCGUUUCUGACCCGUCUGGUGGUUCUCAUCCACCGAAGCUUCGUCAAGUCGUACCGCGAUGGCUUGGCAUACACCUUGCGGCUAGCCAUGUACGCAGGGCUGGGUCUGUUGGCGGGCACUGUCUGGCUGCAGAUGGACCGCGACGACCAGGACUCGAUCCAGCUACUGAUCAACGCUUUGGUGGUUAGCUGUGGCUUCAUGUCUUUCAUGGCCGUGACGUAUGUCCCCGCUUUCAUUGAGGACUAUCGUCAGUUCCGUCUGGACCGCCGUAAUGGCCUGUAUGGACCCGGUUCCUUUUUGCUGUCCAAUUUCGUCGUGGGGAUCCCCUAUCUGUUUCUCUUCUCCGCUGUGUUUUCUGUUUUGUUUUACUGGCUGGCAGGUUGUCGCCCGUCUGCCGGUGCGUUUUUCACGUGGAUAGCGUGGCUGUAUCUGAACCUGUUGGCCGCUGAGGGGAUAGUCAUCCUGUCUGUGACCAUCAUCCCCAACUUUGUCGGCGCGCUGGUGGUCACAGCUUUGUUGAACGUCCUCGCCUUCGCGACUGCGGGGACCUUAGUGCCACCGGCGAAGCUGAACGCGUUCUACAAGUAUGGCUUUCAUUACUGGAACUCGCAGGGCUAUGUCUUCCAGGGUAUGAUGGUCACGCAAUACCCAUCACUGCCGGGCCAAUGUCAUAUUGACGGGGGAGCGGUGUUGGACCUGUACGGGGUUGGUACGGGGGAUCAGGGGCGGAAUGUGGGCAUCGUGGUGGCGAUUAUUUUGGGUUACAGACUGGCUGCUUGGGCCUUGCUGAAGAUGCGGCGGUAA